AAUCCAUCAAAUGGAAAACGGAUGACUGACUGCUCUUUCCCAAAUCCCCGCCACUCAACGGGCAACAGAUAAGCCCACCAAACUCCAAUGGCCGCCGUCGCCGUCCUCGCUCCUCCCGCCUCUGCCGCCAUUGCCGCCGCACCCAGACCUUCGCCAUAUUCUUUCCCUUCAAAACCCAUCUCAAAGAUCCCACCUUUAUCCAAAAUCACCUCCAAGCUUUUAGUCUCCUCCAAAACCUCCACCUCUUCCCCCUCAACCUCCUCUUUGGUCGAGAAAGAAGAGCGCAUCUUCUUCGACGGCGGUGCUCACUACGGGGACCUCGUAACCAACCUCCUAUUAGGCUUCACGCUCCUCUGGCUCCCCCUCACCAUAGCCGCCGUGUCCCGCGCCUUCUUCCUACGCUACCGCUUUACUAAUCGGCGUGUCACCGUCAUCUCCGGCUUCACCGGUCAAGAUCGAAGUGACUUCCCCUACUCGGCAAUCAAGGAUGUGCAGGUGGUGCCGAGAUUGAUCGGCGAGUGGGGGGACAUUGUUAUCACCCUAAAGGACGGCACUAAGGUCGAUAUCCGCAGCGUGCCCAGGUUCCGAAUGGUAUCCGAUUACUGUCUCCUGAUGGCGGAUGGAGCUUCCAAGGGUUCUCUGGAGCAGAAGACUGGGUCCGGGCCCCGAGGGUUCUGAGCUAGGGUUUGUCAUGUUGGUGACGACGUCUGCUAAAAAUUGCAUUUUUGGGGUUAUUUUUUACUCCUUUGAUCUUACGGGAUUGACAGGGCCGAAGAAAUCGAAGUUUUUGGAGCAUUUUAUUGCGAUCUUUUUUUACUGGAUUUCCAUUCAAAUGUUUACAUAUCUAGUUUUUGUGUGUUUAAAGGAAUUUGUGAUUACUAUUUGCAAUCAAAAUUUGGAAGUUUCGCAGAAUUAUUAAGUA